UCCGUCGCUCCGGCAGUCUGGCUUUGGCCGCAGAAGGUGACGGACGUACAGAGGUGCUCGCGCAGUUUACCUGGAUGUCACUUGGGUAACGCGCCAGAAGCCGAUUCCUCUCGUUAUCGAAGGCACACAGGGGGCAUCCAGGCCCUUAUCUCACACGAAACGAGGAAAAGAAGCCCGAGGAAGACCUUUUUUCACGCGUGCGGUUGAUUCCUCUUUCUCCCGAACGACGUUCAUCUCUGCCGCCUCCACCAUGCAGAACCUGGACGCAACAGGCACCACGAUAGUCAUCACCAUCCUCCUGGAGGGGACGUAACAGCGCAUCAUCCUCACCAGCCUCUCGAGACGUCCCUCUUCGCCUCCCCCUCACCACGCCGCCCAUCCCCCGCCUCUCGUCGACGCUGCACUUCUCAUUUCAUCAUCGCCCUCACGCCCAGCCCGACGCCCACACAGUGAAGAAGACAGGAACCGCGAAGGAGAGAUUGUCCCCUUCGAAGGCGCUGCAGUGAGAGAGAGAGAGAGAGAGAGAGAGAGAGAGAGAGAGAGAGAGAGAGAGAGAGAGAGAGAGAGAGAAGGGAAGUUGCAUGACCCGCCGCCCAACCGCCUCCUCCCCCCCGCGCUGCCUGCUCCCGCCCCGUCGUCGUAGCCGCUAAGGAGGACCUUGAGACGCCCUUGGAGAUGUGCGGCGAAGUUGAUGCGUGGAAGAUCAAGACCGUGCUGGUUAGCAUCCUCGUCGCUUCGGCCUGUGCAGCCGAUUGGAAGGAGGAUCUGUCCAACGAGCUGAGCAUCGGCGUGAGCGACAAGGGUUACGCCCGAGCGGUGCUAGACUGCGAGGAUGACCACAUGGCCUUCGUCAUCACCAUGGAGGAGGACUUCGAGGGCGUGGUCUACACGAGGGGCAGCUUCCACGCCCGCAAAGGACCCUGCUUCCUGGACGCGACGGGCGGCAAGGAGUUCGCGCUCAAGUUCAGCAACAAAGAUUGUGGAACAAAAUACGACAGCGCUCUGGGUGCUCACGUGAACACCGUGGUUGUGCAGCACGACGAUGACCUCAUCUUCCCCGGUGACCUCGCCUUCGCCCUCAGAUGCCACGACCAGGUCACCGUCAGCGCCUCCAUGGAAGGGGUCAAGUCCAAGAUCACCCUCGUGGACCCGGAUCCUGGCGCCAAGGAGGACUCCAAGGACGAGCUCUCCGCCACCUCCUCGUCUCGGGUCGUGACCUUGAGCCCGGCCCGCCCUUCGCCGCCCAAGGAGGAGCUAUAGCGGAGCCUCAGGGACACGGAGCGGCAUCGUCGGUUCUGCUGGCUUGCGCCUUCGGGGAGAGAGGGAGGGAGGGAGGGAGUGUGGGGAGCGGGGGAAAUGGGGAGGGAGUGGAGAGCCGGGGAAGUGGGGAGGGAGUGACGACUGGAGCGGGGAGAGGUUGAAGAAGUGUGAGCGUGAGGAGGGAAAAAGAAGGGCGUAGGGGAGGAAGCGCGAGGCGGAGCGACGACCUCUCCUCCCGGCGUCUGAUCAUGGACUGACCAGCUGCCCCUUCAGCCGCAGCAUAAAAGGGGCAGCGAAGGGGCGGCGUCUCCUUCUCUUCUUUCCCCUCAUGCCACGCCCACGACCCCUUCCUUCCCCCUGCCAAGUGGAAUGCACACGAAGACGCGAGCACUUCCCGGUGUCCGUUUGUGAAGUUGCAAAGUGGAAGUUAAGGGAAGUUGCACAGUAUGAGCGCUGUUUUUGCAAGAUUGAUCUCAUAACAAAGUAGUGUUGGUGAGGUAAGACUCCUUCCCCCGAUUUUUGCUCGUAUUUUUUUUCUUCGAUAAUUCUCUUUUAUCCAUUUCUUCUUAUCGUCCUCCCCUUCCUCCUUCUCUAUUCUCACGUUUCUGUUCUUCCUCACCUCCAGGAGGGUGGAAUCUAAAAAAAGGGGGCAGUUAUUUAACAAAGCCAAAUAUUCUUGUGGUAUGAAAAGAAAUCUCUGUUUAUCGUUCACUUCGUCUUGACUUUUUAAAAAUUAUUUUUAACUGCACCAAAUUUAGAAAUUCUUCCCAUUUGCCAAAUGUUAGGUGAAAAAAUAAUAUGACCUGGUGCUUUGAUGCCAAUAUAUUUCCCUUUUCGUUUGUUGUCAUCAUGGACAUCUUUCCUCACCUGGUUUCUUCCUGGUUUCGAAUUAGAAUAAGAAAACGAGAGUAAUACACUUCAAGGUUUUCAAAAAGGGCGCCAUUUUCUACGCGGUCGACCUUGAAGCCUCAGAAACAAGUCUAAAACAAUGGAAUGUCGGCUUGCGUGUCAUCUUUUAUAUAUAUAUCUUUUUUAG